AUGUUCGCCCACCCACCCUCAACACCCUUCCGCCAAACAGGCUAUUACAUCCCAGCCAAACCAUCCCCCCUAGGCCAACGAAGCACAAACAUCUCCACACCCCCGUGGGCAAUGUCACCAACGCGAGGCAGCGCGCCUAAGCCAAGUACAAUGGACGAGAACAACACCAACACCAACGAAACCACAAAUGGCUUCCUUAACUCUUCACCAACAACCAUCGCGAACAAUAUCUUCCAACCACAGCCCCAAUCAUUCUUCAACAUCCAAAGCGAACCAAUAACCCGCCACAGCAACAGCCACCAAUCCCCCAUAGCAUUCAACCCAACCUCAACCUCCAAUACGCCCUUCACAACCACCAACGACCCAUUCUCCUUCCCAGCCAACAAUAACAACAAUAAUGAAACUCCAAACUCACCAACAACCCCAACCCGCCCAAAACCAAAAUUCGAAACCCGCUACGCAAACACAAUUGCAAACCCACUGCGAAACGCGCCCUCCCUAGCGCGCAGCAAAACGCGCAAACUGUUCCUCAAUCGCGUGCGCAAUGAGCGCGAUAGCGGUCGAUUCGAGGCGCGCGGCGAGCAGAUGAUGCGUAUGGAAUGUCUUGCUGAUCGGCGGCGUUGGGAGGAGAGUAUGGCUGCUGAUGGGGACAUCAUGGCUGGGUUUGAUGGAGAAUUCGAGGGGGGAGGAUGA